CGCCCAUUUCCGUGCGGCUGGCCACCCUCUCCCCGCGCGGAGUGUCUGAGGGCCGCUGGCUGCUCCGAGCCGCUUGGCUCCUUCCCUUAGUAACAGCUUUUACAUUCUGCCUCAAUUCCUCCUCAAUCUAAAUCACACACACACACAGAGAUAUUACUUUUUCUCUCCCCCCCUCCCCGCCCCCACCUCUUUCCUCGGGACUUAAUCUCUAACCCCCCCCUCUCCCCACCCUCCCCCUCCCCCCGGCCCCUGGCUCGGGAUAUAAUUGAAUAUCACAGCACUACUCGCUGGUUAUUUUUUUUCUUCCUCCUCCUGUGUGUGUGUGGUGGUGUUUUGGGUGGUUUUUUUUUAACUGUUUUUUUAUCCUCCUCCUCCUCUUGGUGUGGACACCUCAGCUAAAAAAAAAAGCUAUAUCUAUAUAAUUACCGAUACCUAUGCGUGUGUACACAGGCACACACACAGGGGCACACACGGAGAUGUGUACGUACAUACAUAUGGCUGUAUAAAAAAAAGGAGGAGAGACAAACAAGGGUGAAUUUCUUGUGCCUCCAUUCCCAAGGAAGGGGGGAGCAGCCGCUCCACCGCCGCUCGCAAGCAUCACCCUUCUGUAGCAAGAGGCACCUGAAAGGAAAACUUCCGCAUAUCAAUGCACUGCCAAUGGUGGUGUAAUACCAAGGGCUGUACUGCUGCCACAUCACAAUUUUGUGGGGUUUCACAGAGUAGUUCUGGGUUGUGUCCUUUGUUGUGACCUCAUGGUUUAACUGGGAAUAAAGAUGAGUAUAAGCAGUGAUGAGGUUAACUUCCUGGUAUAUAGAUACUUGCAAGAGUCCGGGUUUUCCCAUUCAGCAUUUACCUUUGGUAUAGAGAGCCAUAUCAGCCAAUCUAAUAUAAACGGUGCUCUGGUGCCACCAGCUGCUUUGAUUUCCAUCAUCCAGAAAGGUCUGCAGUAUGUAGAGGCAGAAGUCAGUAUUAAUGAGGAUGGUACCUUGUUUGAUGGUAGGCCGAUAGAGUCUCUCUCACUGAUAGAUGCAGUAAUGCCUGAUGUGGUACAGACAAGACAACAAGCCUACAGAGAUAAACUUGCACAACAGCAGGCAGCAGCUGCUGCAGCCGCAGCUGCCACUAACCAACAGGGAUCUGCGAAAAAUGGAGAAAACACUGCAAAUGGAGAAGAGAAUGGAGCACAUACUAUAGCAAAUAAUCACACAGAUAUGAUGGAAGUAGAUGGAGAUGUUGAAAUCCCUCCCAACAAGGCAGUGGUGCUGCGUGGCCAUGAAUCUGAAGUAUUCAUCUGUGCCUGGAAUCCCGUUAGUGACCUUUUGGCUUCAGGAUCUGGAGAUUCAACAGCACGGAUAUGGAACCUCAGUGAGAACAGCACAAGUGGCUCUACACAGCUGGUACUUCGGCACUGUAUACGAGAGGGAGGGCAGGAUGUGCCCAGCAACAAGGAUGUGACAUCACUGGAUUGGAACAGUGAAGGUACACUUCUAGCAACCGGAUCUUACGAUGGCUUUGCAAGGAUAUGGACUAAAGAUGGUAAUCUUGCCAGCACCUUAGGGCAGCAUAAAGGUCCUAUAUUUGCGUUAAAAUGGAACAAGAAAGGAAACUUCAUUUUAAGUGCAGGAGUGGACAAGACCACAAUUAUUUGGGAUGCCCACACUGGUGAAGCCAAGCAACAGUUUCCUUUUCAUUCUGCACCAGCAUUAGAUGUUGAUUGGCAGAGUAACAACACGUUUGCCUCUUGCAGUACAGACAUGUGUAUUCACGUCUGUAAACUAGGACAGGAUAGGCCCAUCAAAACCUUCCAGGGUCACACAAAUGAAGUAAACGCAAUCAAAUGGGAUCCAACUGGUAAUCUCCUGGCAUCCUGCUCUGAUGAUAUGACUCUGAAGAUCUGGAGUAUGAAACAAGACAGUUGUGUCCAUGAUUUACAAGCACACAACAAAGAAAUUUAUACUAUCAAAUGGAGUCCUACAGGACCAGGAACAAAUAAUCCCAAUGCCAAUCUUAUGUUAGCAAGUGCAUCCUUUGAUUCUACUGUUAGAUUAUGGGAUGUAGACAGAGGAAUUUGUAUUCAUACUCUGACAAAACAUCAAGAACCUGUGUACAGUGUAGCUUUCAGUCCUGAUGGCAGGUACCUGGCCAGUGGCUCCUUUGAUAAAUGUGUACACAUCUGGAAUACACAGACAGGUGCCCUAGUUCACAGUUAUCGGGGAACAGGAGGGAUUUUUGAGGUUUGCUGGAACGCAGCGGGAGACAAAGUUGGAGCGAGUGCUUCAGAUGGUUCAGUUUGUGUAUUAGACCUACGGAAAUAGCGCUACUAGUUGGAAGCCAUGGACCGACUAUGAAUGUGUACAUAGCCAAAAUGACUGUCCCUGACCCAUGUACUGCUAUAGUCCCAAUUGAACCAUGGCCAGUCCACUACAGCCAAACGUAAAAGAAAUAUAUACAUAUACUGUAUAUAAAAAAAGGAAAAAAAAAAAAAAGAAAUGACACCCUGAAGAGGAUGACAGAGUUUUGUCACAGCUUGUGAAUCCUGUUCACCAAGUGCUGGAAUCUGCUGUGCCCCAAAAUAACAUGUGAAGGUUUUGGAUAUGAAAAACAGAAGAGAGAGUGAGAGAGAGAAAUAUACCAUAUACAAGAGCAGACCCAUAUACAUACCAAAUUCAGAAGAUACUAAUGGCAGCCUUCAUUACCCCUUCCCUCCCCUUGAAAUCCAUCACGACGAUGGACUGUGGGGUAUUUUUGUUUUCCUUCUCAGUAGCUGAGCAGUUUGUGUAUACAGAGAACAUGGACUUACAGAAAUCUGCAGCAGUAGUUUUGUUCUUUGCUUUUAAACAUUGGGUUUUCUGUUUUGUUUGGUUGAGUUUACGGAUGCAUGAAGUAAGGGAGUGAAUUAGUUUUUUGUUUAUAUAUAUUUUUUUCACCUUGGAAAACAAUGUUUCUUUGAAACAUGUUUUAAUGCAUUCUUUGAAGAGGUAGAUUGAACCUGAUGAUAACGUUUGGUACCUUUUGUGGCUCCCAGAGCACAAUUUUGUGAACAGAGAGAAGGGUGGAAAAGGGAUUACGGAGGGAGAAGAAAAAGCAAACAAAAAAAAUCCUUCUUCAAGGCGUGAUAUUUCACGUCCUGCUCAUCCACAAAGUGUGACAGUAAUGGGCAUAAUGCUAUGUUUUGUUUUCUGAUGACAUGGCUGAAAUGCAGUAGUUCCUUAUUUGGGACAUAAUUCUGCCAAACUCAAGAGUAGAAGGGCACAAAAAUCUGGAAAAGAGAAAUACGGGGAUGCAGGAAAAAAACCAAACCAACCAAAAGACAAAAAAAGAAGAAAAGAUGCAUCUUCUGUUGCUUUAAGACCAUAGCUGAAAUAUGGUUAAAUUGUGCACUAUUGUGAAAAGGAGCAAAGUAUAGCUGGGGGAUCAUUUUUAAGUGGGUAAGAUCUUUCUGGACAAGGGUUCAUGCCACAGCUUCUUUGAGAGUUUCCCAUCGUUAUUUGUAGGAGCUUAGAUGUAUAAUUGUAACCAAACUCCAGUAUUAAAAGUAUCUCAUGUAAUUUUUUUUCUUUAUUAAAAUAAAACCUUUGGCAUAUAUUUGAUAACACUGCCAUUAAGAGGCAAAAUGUUUACUACCUUAGAUUUAAAAAAACCCUUAAAACAGAGGACUUGCUUCAAGUUUAUUUUAAUAGCAGUGAUUCAGCUUAUUUAAAAGAUGAAUACUUGCACUAAUUCCCCUGCUGCUCCAGUCCUGCAGUUUAUUGUAUCUUGUGACUACAUUUUUUUCCAAAUAUAGGGUAGAUGUAAGCUGCUAUUUUUUUAAUAAUCACUACUAUAUAGUGUCUUUUACUCUGUUUACAAUAUCAAGUAUUUUUCUUACAAUGACAGAUGUAUAUGGCAAACCUUUUUCUGCUCAUGUGAUUAAAAGUAUACUGAUAGUGAUUUGAUUUGUAAAUGAUAGCAUGAGGUCGUGUUUAUGCGUAUGUGUAGUCGAAAAGGUUGCGUCAUGUCUUGCAUAAGAUUCCAAGAGUGUAAAUUUAUAAAAAGAGAGGUUGUCAAAUUUAUGUCACAGGCAUUUUACUUAAGGAAUGGUUUAUAUUACAGAGCUUUGCAAAGUUACCAGUUUUAUAACACUAUUUCAAUCACAAAUGAUUUUGUGGCUUAUGAUUGCUAGUCUCUAACCUUUUUUUUCUCCCCCCUCCAAGUUAAGUAUAAAUUGAUUUAAUUGAGAUUAUGCAGCUUUAACAUUUUAACCAUUGUCCUUUAGGCAUUGAUUUCUGCUAUUUCCAUGGAAUAAACAUGACUUGAAGCAAGUCUGAGUUUGGCUAAGGUAGGGUAGCAAUUUGCCAGUGGUAAAGAGAAGUCAACAAUGCAUUCUUUAUCUGCACCCCAGGAUUACAAUACUAUCGUACCCAGCAUUUCAAACCAACAAGAAGUCAUAUCCAUAAAGACCCAUAAAAUCCACGGUGGUUCGGUGCCAGCUGUUCGUAGGGGUUUGGAACACAUUACCAAUGUUUAGAGCAAUUACCCUGUGAGUUACAAUAUGUAGGAAACCUAAUAUAUUGAGUGUCUGGCACUUGAAAUACUGCUUUUAUUGCUGGAGGUCCAUGACUGUGGCUGACCUCUGUCAUUUAAUGAAAAAGAAAAUAAAAAUAAAAAAAGAAAUUCUGUGCAAUAAUUUUAAACUGUGCUCCCAGGAAUAGACACAAAUGUUUUGAGUAUGUUUAAGCUGCAUUUUUUCGUUUAGCAAUGCAUUUGUCAAUUGCACUGAAUUUAAACCUGAAAGUCAGAAGUGAUUCUUGAUAGUACUUUUGUAUUUUAAUAUGGACAGUUUAUUCAUUUUCAUACAAGUUAUUGGAUGAUUCUUUCAGCCAAUCUAAACAAUUGUGGUGGAAUUCUGUGACAUAGCUGCAAAAUCAUACAGCCAUGUUUUAGGGUAUUGCCAUUUUUUCCUCUUUCUCAAUCAUCAGCUGUUUUGGUUGUAAUUCUAGUCGCUUAAGCAUAGUAUCACAUACUCGACAAUAGCUUCACCAGAGCUUCAGUGGGGCAGGGCCAGGGGUUUGAGGUGCUGGAAGCCCAGCCCAGCAGGAACGUCAGGUCUGGCAACUUGAGUGCAGCAGAGGCGCCGGCCAAGGCCCGGCCCGCGCUGCCCAGCUGCCCUGGGAUGGUGCCAGCUUCCACCCAGCUUCCACUGGCACAGGAUCUGGCCAGUAGAUCUUUUGUUGUUGCCCUGUACUAGCAUGCCACAGUGCUGCUCCUGCUCGAGCCUCUCCUCGCCUCUUGUUUUCUUCCCAGUUCGAUUGCAUGUGUGCCACUUGUGCUCAGUCCUGUGCUUACGUGAAGCAAAAAGAAAAGAGAACUAUGACAUUAAUUAUUAUCUUUCAUAGCACAAAGACCUCGGGUUUGGUAGUGAGGUAGACUGUCCACAUUGUUCCUUUAGAUUGAGCAUGCCAGAUGUCAGCAGGACCCUAACUGCGCGUGAACGUCUGCACGUGCUUAGUCUUACCUAGUGAGGGACUGCUGCGCCUGUUUCCAGGUGUAAAGGCAAACGUCUGCAUCAACCUUGCAGACGUUACAGGCCCCGUUUUUCCCAGUUCCACAUGUUAAUGGGCAAAUAACGCAACAGGGGGAAAGGAAAGGGGAAAACUGGGCUCAAAAUUAACAUUGGAAUUAGACGUGAGCUGCUCUUGAGUUCACCGUCUUUCUAUGCAUCCAUCUCAGAAUCCCGUUUCCCUCAUUUCUGCAUAGUUAGGUCCAGGUUUCUGUAGAGUUCCUGUGUUUUCUAUUUUUUCCUUUACCUUUUUCUGCAUUUUUAAAUUGAUGUAAAGAUUCCCAGCCAGUGGACUUUUUAGUGUAGUUAAGAGAAUAUCUAGGUCCUCAUAAAAGCUUUUUUAGACUCUUUGUAAUGUUGAUAAACUCAGUUUAUUCUGGGACUACAACUGUGCAGGGUUAUUUAGCAUGUCUACUAGAUGAUUGGAAAUCUUAUAUGAAACACUAAAAGUGCCUCUUUUUCUGGGUUGGGUGGAGGGAGGUAAUAGUUACCAGAGUCAGAAUGACAUGGCAUUUUGAAGCAUGUUUCUUGAUUUCGUGACACUUUAAUGCAUCUUGAGAGAAAGGCCAAAGAUUUCUACCAAUUUUAAUUAAUUUUCAUUUUAAAAAGCACUCCUUUUUCCUUACACUGCUUACCUCAUGCUAGGGUGUUGGAUGGGAUGCUGUACCUUUGAAAUGUCCUUUGUGUUUAGGAGGAGUUUAGGUGGCAUAGGGUGGUUGUGCUGGUUUGCCCGAGGAGCAAUCACAGCAGCCGUUGCCUUUGGUAUUGCUGAAUGAAGGAGUUUCAUUGAAGUGGCAAACUGGCUUCUCAGCUUGUAAAUACAAGGUCGUGUGUUUUUGUCUGUUUAGCGAAGAGGAGCCUUGGGACCUGAUUUUUCCAGUCUUUACUUAACCAGAAAUCCCAUUGUCUUUCACUUUCCGAGAGAACCUUGCCAGGAUGAGGACGGGAGGCACUGGUUCAUGCCAGCCAAAGCCUCCCCAGGGCCUCAACAGGGCUUUAGCCAGGGCAGUGCCUGCUGGGGUGAGCCCAGAGCCCCUUUGUCAUCGACAGCUUCUCCCUUCGCAAAGCCCCGUAGAGCCCUUCCCCAGCGGGGAUCGGUUUCACACUCUCCAGAAGUCUGAAGAAAGCAGAAGCAACAUUGUGGCAUGUUAGAAGCAAAAUAAGGCUUCGGGAGACAGCAGUAAAUCUCCAUCAAGAUCCCUGACGUUUCCCAUAGGGAGAGAACCGUGGAGCAGCCUUCCCCUCUCCCUGUGCCCAGAGCCAGCGCUGCGGUGUCCUGGGCGCUGGGGCUGCCCUGGCUGCGGCUGGCGCACCGGGGAGAGCCGCCGCCUCCUGCGGGUUGCAGCUGUAGUGUGUUAAUAGUGCUUCAGAUCGGUAGUUUUGAGCACAUAAUUCGCUUUCUCUCCGCCUUUAAGUUUGAAGCUUGACAAUAACUUUGAGGCAUGUUUUUGUUUUUAUCUUUUUUUUAAGUACUCAUUCAUUUCUACUUCAUCCCUUUUUGACAUUUGUGGGUAAAUACAAGCAAACAGUCUGCAUGUCGUUGCUAGUCCAGUGUACUUUGCAAUCUUGUCCUCAACAGACUGCAGUGUGCAGAACAGUAAUUCUAGAAUACAGAAGUAAUUUUCUCUCUCUCCUGACAUUGACAUUGUAGUUGUAAUGGUUUCAUUUGGAGUUACAAAUCCUUUGGGUCUAAUUCUGUGAGCCUACCUAUAGCACUGGAUUAAAAUGUCUGCAUCAUUUCUUCAGUUAUCCAGUUAAAUUACAACUGUUGUAAAAGUGUAAACCAGCCCAUGACAGUUUUUUGUACUUGUUUAAAGGACUUUUAUUGUUCAGUUUUCAUGGUUAUUGUCUAAAGAAGACUGAUAUAGAUGUUCUAUACUGUCCUGGACCAUGUUAAUUACACUUUAUGAUGUAUUUUGGUUCUACAUCACAAUGAUUUGUCCCCAAGGCCCUUAUAUCCCUUCUAGGCACAUUUUCUGUUGCGGUUUCCCUUUGCAUUGUAUUGCUUUGACAACUGUAAUUUGAAUCAGAUCUGAAAGAGGUCCAGAAUAAAAUAUAUUUUGAUAUUA